UCUUGAACGGACUCUUCCCGCGCAGUAACUAUCAACUUGCCCCCUACUGACCUUCGACAGAUAUAAGAUUCAAGAUGGAUGCAGAGUCCAGGCUCUUCAUCAUGCCAUUCUCCCUUCAUCAUUCUCCCGACGAGUCAGAAACCUACUCCACCAACAUCUGCGUCUACUUCCACCCAUCAUGGCCCAUCUAGAACCGUUGGCAGGAGGCUACUACCUCUGGAAAUACCUGCCUUCGAUCACCGCAGCGGCCAUCUUUGCUGUACUCUUCGGAGGAAUCACCUGCGUCCAUUGCUUCAAACUAUGGCGAACUCGCGCAUGGUUCAACGUCCCCUUUGUUGUUGGAGGCGCAUUCGAAUUCAUCGGCUACAUCUUCCGCAUCGUCUGCUACAACAACACAGCCUCGAUCACCUCAUACUCCGUGCAAAGCGUGCUCAUCCUCCUCGCGCCCGUCCUGUACGCCGCAUCGGUAUACAUGACCCUCGGACGAAUCAUCCGCAGCAUCCACGCGGAGGAGCUCUCCGUGGUGCCGGUCAGCUGGCUGACCAGGCUAUUCGUCAUCAGCGACAUUGUUGCAUUCUGGGUGCAAGGCGGCGGAGCGGGCUUGAUGGUGAUGCAGAACAUGGCAACCGUGUCCAAGGUCAUUGUGAUCGUCGGGCUCGUCAUCCAGAUGGCCAUGUUCAGCUUCUUCAUCGUCACCUCGGUGGUAUUUUAUCGGCGCGCGCAGCAGAUUCCUCCGACGGCGGGUGGCGUUCCCUGGAGACAGCACAUGAAUACCCUCUUCGCAGUCAGUGGGUUCAUUCUGAUCCGAUCGAUUUACCGGGUCGUCGAGUAUACAAUGGGCAUGGAUGGGUAUUUUUUGACCCAUGAAUGGCCGCUGUAUGUGUUUGAUGCGGUGUUGAUGUGGCUGGUCAUGGUCAUUUGGGCCAUCAAAUACCCGGGACAGAUUGAGCCAGGGAAGACUGAGAUGGAGCUUCUGUCUACCGAGGAUGCGGUGAGCGGUUGAGUUUCUAUCUCUGCGAGUAAUGUGUUAUGGCUUAUAUGAUCUCUUCUUCUUCUCUCUGUCUUUUUUUCUCUUUCAUUGUGC